UCAAGGGAAUCAGUUUCUUGGAACAACCGACGAGAAUGUCAGGAGUAGACUUUGCACCGGCGGAGCAAACAGAUAAGAAGGAGGAGAAGAAGAUGAAGAAGAAGUGGCGUAUCAAGCAGAACGGGCAAUGGUUCAAGAUCGAUAAGAAAUGUUUGAAGGAGUCUGAUAUGCUCCGUACAUUUUACGGGAGUACAUAUUUCGAAAAGCAUACGUUGAAUAUCAGUAAAACCAGCAUCCUUAAAAUGGCUCUUCGAUUCUGCAAGAAACGCGGGGAGAUCAGGACCGUUUAUGCCCAUGACCAAAACCUCCUCCGAAGCAAGCGCAAGGAAUUCGAUUCCGAUUUUCUCCAACGCAUCAAGGAUAACCAUCAUGAUGACGAUCUUUUUCUUGAUCUUAUUCAGGCUGCUGGCAACUUGAAGAUCGAUAGCCUCUUUAACCUGUUGUUUGAAGAAGUGUUUGACAUAAUAUUUAAUCGCAAGACUCCUGAGGAUGUCGAAAAGAUAUACAAGAUACGCUGCAAAAAUGCUUCUCAUAAUCAAGCGGUCACCAUCCUCAUGCGUGCUGCCCAUUGGCCUUUGGAAAAGAAUGUCGUCUAGCUAGUAUUUAUAGCCUCCAUCACGCUAGUUUGUUUGUGAACAUUUGGUGUUGUCGGUUAGUUUUUAUUUAUCUACAAAUGAAUAAAUGUACUUAGUGUUUGUUUAUUUAUAUGUUUGGGAUGUUAAUCUUCCUGUGAACAAACUUUCUGUGCUAGGUUUCGC